UUCCUCCGUAGCUAGCUCCCGUCCACCUGAUCUGCCUUGCCUGCCUACUCCACUGAUUAGUAAAAGCCAAUGAAUAGCAUUCCUCCGAGGGUACUAUAAGUGCUCGCGGUCGUCGUCGUCGUCGUCCCCAUCCCCUCUCUUCUCCAUCGCCUUCUAGCUAGCAGCAGCGCUCUCUUCUUGCUCUUCGCUAUCCUGCCCGUUGUCCUCUCCCUCUUGGAUCGAUCCGGCCUUCGCCGGCCAUGAAUUGUGCCGGGGUCGCCGAUGGGUUAGCUGCAGGCGAGCCGGAUGCCGGCGUCGUCGGCCUGCCACGUAGGAGGAGCUGCCUGUAGUGUAGCUGAGCUAUAGUGGUCGAUCGAUCUGCUGCUUCUUGGGGGGCGAGGAAGAAGAAUAUAGCCGAGGCUUUGGCGCCAGCUCUCAAGGACAGUGUGGGCCUGCGCCCCAACUAUGGCCCAAUAUAAGACAGCCACGUCGGAUCGUACCACAAGGCGGAGGCAGUUAAUUUCCGGUGACGCACACCAUGGAUCCCCAGACAUUUGUGAGGCUCUCAGUCGGGCAGCUUGGCCUGAGGCUCCCCGGCGCAAGCGCCAGAAAGGCUUGCCACUGCGAGAUCCGGCUCCGAGGCUUCCCGGUUCAGUUAGCUCCGGUGCCUCUGGAAAAUUCUUCAGAGUUCCACCUUGACCCGCACGCCAACGCGGCGGUCUUCUCCCUGGACGAGCCCGGCCUCAAGGCGCUGCCGACGUCGAGGUGGUUCCGAGCCCCGGAGCCGCCGUGCCUCGAGAUCGUUGUGUACGCGAGCAGGCGCGACGGCGGCGGGCACUGCGUCGGGUUGAAGCGGCGGCUGGUCGGGGCGGUCAGGGUGGACGUCGGGCCGGAGUGGCGCGACGGCAAGCCUGUGCUGCUUCGCCACGGCUGGACGGGCAUCGGCAGGGCGGCGGAGCUGCACGUGCGAGUGAGGGUGGAGGCUGACCCUCGGUACGUGUUCCGGUUCGAGGACGAGGUCGCGCUGAACCCGCAGGUGGUGCAGCUCCAUGGCGGCGCCAGCCAGCCCAUCUUUAGCUGCAAGUUCAUCCGCGACGUGAGGCGGGCGUCGCAGCCGGAUCAUUUGGGCGGGCAGUACUGGUCGAGCUCCGGAAGCGGCGUGGAGAAGGAGAUGGAGAUGGCGGGGAGGAGGAGGGAGAGGAAGGGCUGGAAAGUGGCGAUCCACGACCUGUCCGGCUCCGCCGUGGCCGCGGCGUUCAUGGCCACGCCGUUCGUGCCGGCGACGGGCCGCGACACGGUGGCGCGGUCCAACCCAGGCGCGUGGCUCAUCGUCCGCGCCGACACGACGGGGUCGUCGGAGAGCUGGCAGCCGUGGGGCCGGCUGGAGGCGUGGCGGGAGUGCGCCGCGCCGGCGGGCGGCAAGGACGCCGUGUGCCUCCGGCUGCAUCUUCUCCCGGAGCGGCGGGACGCGUGCGUGCUCGUGUCCGAGAUGCCUCUGAGCUGCGACAAGGGCGGGGAGUUCUCCAUCGACAUGGACAGACAGUCGGUCCUCCCGGAGGACGCGGUGGCGUCGGAGACGCCGUCGGCGUCGUCGUACUGCGCGGCGAGCAUGGGGGAGUCGUGCGCGGGCGGCGGGUUCGUGAUGAGCUGCAGCGUGCAGGGCGAGGCGGCGACGGGCAGCAGGCCGCCGCUGGUGCACCUCGCCGCGCGGCACGUCAUGUGCAUGGAAGACGCAGCCAUGUUCCUCGCGCUCGCGGCCGCCGUCGACCUCAGCGUCAAGGCGUGCCGGCCGUUCCGGAGCAGGACGGCGGCGGCCAAGAAGAAGACGGUCGCUGGCUCCUCUUCCCCCGAUCCCCUGGAGCUCGACACGUAGAUUAGCUAGAGCUAGCAGUCCUCACUCCUCAGUCAAGCAUCAGAUCAUCCAUGGUCACUCUGUAAAUCCACUUGUUUCGACUAAACUUGUUGAAAGCACUACCGGUUUUUUC